CCUACAUAGGAACUGUCCUCACGCUCCCGCUGGAAACAACUUUAAGACUAAUCUCCGGGUUCGCCCAUAGAUCAAGUAAAGCUUAUCCAAGGCAUUUUCGUUUAACUCUACGAGAAUCUAAUCCUGAAAAGUCGCAUUCUUGUCCUCUCUAUGCUUCUCACUUUAUAAUUCUCUUUGUUCCAAGUCCCAACAAAAAAAAAAAACACAACUCGUUGCUUCAUUAACUCAUUUCACCUGUUACCUACUUGCAUUAUUACUAAGAUUUCCUUAUUAAAAAAACAAAACAACGAUGUUUCUCUCUCUAUUCAAUGCUUCAACUCUUUCGUCAAACUCACUCCACUACCAAAAAAACAACUGAACUACAACACCAAAAAACCAUGUCGGAGAAUUCUGAAAUAUCUGCAAGCACGUCAUCAAGAAGUCUCGGCGAGAUACCGGAAAUCUCCGCUAUACAUCUCAAAAUCGAUCUCGUAUCAGCAGCCAAACGUAAUAUCACGUUCUUGAAAAGCGUUGCGGAAUCUCAAUGGCUUCAUCAUACAAACAUUACAGUUGAAGCAAUACGAAGGUACCGUGAUUUAUGGAUGCCGUUGAUCUCUGAUCUGACCGUGGUUGACUCUUCUCUUCCUAUGAUUCUUCCUCCGUUUGAUGUUGAGUGGGUUUGGUUCUGUCACAGUUUGAAUCCUGUGAGUUAUAGAGGAUAUUGUGAGAGGAGAUUCUCGAAACUCAUUGGUAGAGCGGUUAUACAUGACGAAGAGAAUAGAGAAUAUGCGUUGUUUCGAUGCAGAGAGAUUUGGAAGAGUAAGUACCCCUUUGAGUCUUUUGAGAAUGAAGCGAGUUCUGAUUCGCAGGAUUCUGAUACAGUGGUUGUUGAGGAUGAUGUUCUUAAGGAAGUUGAGAAGCAAAGGUUGUUGUGUUGUAAGUUUAUGGAACCGUAUAGGACUGAGUUGGUGUACUUGAUAGCAGCGAGACAGAGAUAUAAAGCUUUCUUGUUUAUGAUGCAAAGGUUUGGUUCUGAAUGUGGUUCACGUUUGGUACCUGCUUCGGAUAUUUUGUUGAUGUGGUUGACUCAUCAGAGCUAUCCAACAGUAUAUAUGGAAGAUUUGAAGGCAUUGGCUUUGGAGAGUUGUAUGCAGAAGGUUGCAACUUUGUCUGAAACUGUGAAGGAGAAAGAGUUUGAAGAAACUAAGAAAUUGUGGGAUAGAGCAUUCAAUCAACCUUAUGAGAAAGCCGGUGGAGAUGUGCCUUUGACAUUGGAAGGUGCUAUCGCAGUCAAGUCCCCUGUCUCGUGGGAAGAAUCAGACAUAGAUGUCAAUACAAAGUAUAGGUCUUUGCUUCCGCGGUUUUUACUCGAGGCGUGUGUAUUUGUGAGGCCUAAGCCGAGAAUAAAGGCAUUCCAGAAGGAUACAAACCGUGAGUUCCUACGCUUCCGAAUGAUUAAGUGUCAUAGUGAGUUAAAGUUAGAUGAAGCCAUCUCCAAUUUCCCCUUUGAUUCGUGGAAAAAAGCCUGGCAUCUUUACUGUGAGUUUGGAACUAAGGGGGUUAUGCUCGAAUAUCGUCGUCAGGGUGGUGGCAACUGUCUGAAAAGAAGUAGCAGGCAAGAUACUGUUUCAUUCCGCUGGAAUGAUUUAUUGAGAGCGGAUUCUCUAACAUUGGAAAAAGAAGUUAGUGGACAGGUGAAUGUCGUUGUGUCAAUAACGCCACCGGUUCAAGCACCUUACUUGUUGAAAUGUGUACCUGAUCGAGUCACGGAUGAUUCUGGGGUAAUGAUAUCUGAUGUUUUUCUAAAGAUGAAUAAUUAUCGCCCACAAGAAGGACGUUGGUUGUCUCGCACAGUUCUUGAUCAUGCAGGAAGGGUGUGUUUUGUUAUUAGAAUUCGGAUAGCAGGAGGGUUUUGGAGAAGAGGAGGUGAAACUCCUUCAGCUGUAAAAUGGGAAGAUAAGAUAAUUGAAAUACGCGAAGGAUCUUGGUCUUAUGUUGCUGGUUCCAUUGGUAGAGCUCCUGAGAAGGUUGUGGCCACCGCAACACCAAAGGAACAUACAGAACAAUGUAAAACAGCAUGGCGCUUUUCAACAGAAGAUGAACUGAUUAUACAGUGGGAUUCAUCGCUAUCAUUAUCAAGUCUCACCUUUAGUUUGACAAAUCCAACAUCUCCAGAGUCAUCGGUGAAGUUAUUGAAAGGGAGGCAAAUGCAAUAUAAAGUGAAGAAAACAAAGUCUAAGAUCAAAAGCGAAGACGAGGACGAGGGUUUUCUAACGGUAGUACGUUUCACAGAAGAUAACCAAGAUGGAAAAGCAACAGCUCUACUUAAUUGGAGGCUGUUGGUUGUCGAAGUAUUGCCUGAAGAAGACGCUGUAUUGAUGCUUCUCCUUUGCAUUUCAAUACUGAAAAGUGUAUCCGAAAUGAAAAAACACGACGUGGGAGAUUUGUUGGUGAGGAGAAGAUUAAAGCAAGCGAAAAACGGUACUAAGGAUUGGGGUUCUGUGAUACUUGAUCCAUCAUCAUUUGGUGAUUCACCUUAUAUUCAACCUUGGCAUUGGAAUGCCGGGCUGGUGAUGGCAUUGGAUGAAGGAGAUCAACUUAAAAGGCAGCCAGUAUUAAGUCAUUCUGCAGUGGAAGGCAGUGAAAAGUUAUACAAGAAUGGGAUUAUCAGUUAAGCCUUUUUUUUCUUUUCUUUUUUUCAAUUUUAGCUUGGUUGAUUGUUGUUAUUGAUUAUUUUUUGCUUUCUUUGAGCUGUUCAUAUUUAUAGGGAAUUCAAAUUUCUUAGUCUUGAAGUUUGUUUGGAAUACACCAUAAGUUAUAAAUUCUGAGUCCUGAAGUUUGAAUAAAUGUGAGUAUUUUUGUA